UUGGAUUGUGUUCCUUGUCAAUUUCUCGAUUCUCCCCUCCUGGUCUUUCUGCGUUUCUCACUGAAAUUUUAACCAUGACACGCAGUGGUAGAUUGAGGGACGAUACGGUUGUAUGUUGAGUGCUGUGUCGGCUUCUCGCGAAGUUAAUCCUCUCAAAUGAAAAGGGAACAAUAGUUGGUGUAACGAGUGAAAUCACAUCAGUGUCGAUUACCGGUGUCACGUAUCAAUUGGUCAGUCAUUUAUCAAAUUUGUGAAUAAAAAAUUACGGGAGUGUGGAAUGUCGCAACGUGAGAGUUUAUCGAUAAACAUUUUGAGAAUUUCAUAAAAUACAAACAACAUUGGAGCGAACAAUGCCUGCCUUGUUCCUGGCGCGUCUGCCAGUACCCAAUUUUCGAAUUUACACAACACUCAGCAUUGCAAUACUCUCGUGUUCGGUUUACUAUGCAGCACAGAUUGUGAAAGACCCAGCAUGGAGGACAAAUCAUACGAGUAUUGUUGUGAGGGAUGAGAAUUCAACGGAUAGCAUCAAUCCCACUGAUUCGAGAUCGCCGGGACUUCAUUUAAAAGAACUACUCGCCUGCAUGAUUCAGGAGCCCAUUUGCUUUUGGCCGCUGAUGAAUAUGGCGUACUGCGCUCUGAUUCUUCUGGGAAAGACCAUUCAGAAGCUAGUGUUCGGUGAACUCCGAGCCUCCGAAAGACAACACCUGAAGGAUAAAUUUGGCAAUUUCAUUUUCUAUAAAUUCAUAUUUGUCUUCGGUGUUCUCAAUGUACAGUAUGCGGAUGAGGUGGUGUUGUGGUGGGCCUGGUUCACUGCACUUGGCUUUCUCGGGCUCUUGAGUCAAUUGUCGAAGGAUCGAUUCGUAUAUCUAUCAUUUUCACCGACGACACCAGGUUGGAGUCAUGCACGUCUGUUGGGUUUACUCGGCGCAAUCCUGGGGCUGUCCUUGUUCAUGUUUCUACUAUCGACUGCUGCAGCCUUUUUUUUCGUGUCCUUCAACACUUAUGCGUUUAUGGCGGCCGAGUGCAUAUUGCUGGCAGUUAGAACAAUUCAUGUGAUUCUGAGAUAUGCCAUACACCUUUAUGACACGAGAUCAUCGCCUCGUUCAUCAGAAAAAAGGGGACCUCUUGCCUAUUAUACCGAAUUACUGUGCGAAUUGACGGUACUUGCUGUUGACUUUCUUCAUCAUAUACACAUGCUACUCUGGAGUAAUAUUCUACUGAGUAUGGCAUCUCUGGUGAUAUGCAUGCAAUUGAGGUACCUGUUCCACGAAAUUCAGCGGAGAAUUACGAAACACAGGAAUUAUCUAGCGGUAUUGAGUCACAUGGAACAAAAUUACCCAAUGGCAGAGCCCGAAGAGUUGGCUGAGAACUCAGACAACUGUGCAAUAUGCUGGGAAAAAAUGGAAUCAGCAAGAAAAUUACCCUGUAGCCAUUUGUUUCAUAAUUCUUGUUUGCAAUCAUGGCUCGAGCAGGAUACCUCAUGCCCAACUUGCAGACUAGUUUUAAGCAUGCAAGCCAAUCGUCGUGACAAUGCAACUGAGUUAAGACCAGAGUUGCCAGAGUCACAGACGUCUGUUGGCAGAAAUGAUAAUCAUUUCUUUCAUUUCGAUGGAUCGAGAUAUGUCUCUUGGUUACCGAGUUUUUCAGUGGAAGUUACACAUAAUAGGCUGCGGGGUGAUAUAUUAACUCUGGCACAUAGCAAUUCUCAAUUGGAUGCUAUGGCAAGACACGUACAACAGUUGUUCCCACACUAUCCGAGGAAUGUGGUACUGGAAGAUUUGAGAGUGACGAGAUCCGUUGAAUUGACUGUAGAGAAUAUUUUAGACGGACGCUUGUUGUUACCUCAUCAUGUUUUGGGUGAAUUGGAAACUGAACAAGUCACAUCAACUCCACAGGUGACAAAUCACAUAUUGCCCACUUCAUUGCCUCAAAAACCUUGGGAUCCAAAAAUUGACAUACCAGUUGCUGACAACAGUGAUGAAUCAUCACCGAUUGGUGGUCGUUUCUCAAAAUGUUCGACGGAACGUGAACGUAUUCUACAGCGUCGUAAGGAGCACAUGCUAAUGACAGCGCGACGAAAGUACGUUGAGAAACAGAGAAAAUCUGAGAUUGAGAGAAAAACAUCAAACGCUCACGAUUUGAGGUCUUAAAGACCCUCUGGGCAAAUAUUUUACUCAAGCUAAACAUAAAAAAAUCACUGACUAUUUUGAACAUAAGCUUAACAACUUUUUCGUCGACUGAAUGGUCUCUGCAGGUAUUUUGAAGAAGAUAAAAUUAGUUGAAUGAGUGAGAUUAUUCAGAGCUGCAUGUUGUUUUUCUUUGACGAGUGAUGUUUGUUUAUUUUUUUUUGUUUUGGUCCCCUUUCUCAAUUACAUCAUUAUCAGGACUAGAGAGAAAUCGAAGAGAAGUGGAUCUGUAAAGAUUAAUCUGACGUGCGUGUCGUUGAGUCAUCGAGCAUAUCUGAAUUCAAAUGUUCACACUAGUGGUCAUCAAAUUUUACUGACCGAAGUCAUGAGAAUCAUGUCACUGGUGUAUCGACGAUGAGAUCAUGAACAGAUUCACGGUAAAGUCAGAAUAUUAUUCGUCGAUAAGGAUGAAGGCAAAGGCGGCUGUGUUUUUGCGCAAUGUUAUACUUAAAAGCAAAUUUGAAAUGUUUAAAACCAGUGCGAAGUCCACACGGACUGCUAGAAUAUACGAUUUUCUUUUUAACGAGAAAAAAAAAGUGAAUAAGAAUGAGUUGUUCAGCAUAAGUAAAGAUUUUAAAUCCAUAUAUGUCCAAACGAGGGAAUCCAAUCCCGUGGAGAGACACUGGAUUAACAAUCAAAUUAGAAAUUCAAUGAUUUCAAAUGUUUGAUACGCUUCUCAAAAGCUCAGAUCAUAAAAUUAAAUUCCUAUGUCCGAUUUGACAAUAACACCGACUGGCAAUUUGCAUAAUUGCACGAAAAAAAAUGUUUUUUUUUGUGCUAGAUUACACUUAGUUCAAAUAGUUUUCAUACAUAAUAAAACCGUUCCAUUAUCAUGUGCCAAGAUCCAAUGAAUGAACCUCUUACAUCUGAAGAGGGGAAUGUCCUUACACGAUAGGAGUGUUGGUAGAUAAAAGUCGGUGUUUUUAAUUGUAAUCAUCUCUAUCAUUCACUUGAAAUACUAUAUCUUAUAUUUAUCUUGAUCUUACUAUCUAUAUUUACGCGUUAAUUAUUCAUUUGCCAAGUAAAUUUUUCGCUAGUCUUCAAAACAGCUGAGAAUACUGCUAACAGGUAAUUUUUCUUUAAAUCUUUCACUGGAAUUUUGAGGAAGAAUUAGGGUAUGUAUACAGGCGACUGUACUUUAAGUCCGGUUGAAAAAAUUUUGACAGUGUUUAGGCGAAAAUAAAAAUGAGUUUGCAACAUCCACUUGUGGAUUUUAUAAAAAAUGGGCGAUGUUCACGGAUGAUAUAGAAAACUGGAAUUUCUUAUAAAUGAAAGAACUAAGUAUUACCCAAUCUAAUGGUUUGAUAUUGAUUUUAGUGAAAAAUGCGAAAGCUCAAAAUGCCACGUGCGACAUUUUUAACGUCUGCUGGGGCUUUCAGCUUUUUCCUAGAUUGCUUCAUGUGAUAUAAUCCAAGUUUGCAUACACGUCAAUGCACAUUAAAUUAAACUGUUUAAAAAAAAAUAAAAAGAAGGGAUGAGAAACUAAAAACAAACAAGGGGACUCAUCUGCUAUGCGAGUGUUGAAUAUAAUUUUGUCUUUGAUGGUAAUUAUUUUUCAAUAACGAGUGAACUUGUAUCGAGACAUUAUCAUUGUGAGAGGUAUGAGUACUCGUGAAUUAUUGAAGGAAAGAAAUGAGUGAACUAAUAUUUGAAUUAUACUAAGAACGUUGGGUGAUCUGUGCUAGUUAUCGACUCGCGAUUACAUUUGUUAUUUUGGAUGACUGACUUGGAGUAAUUACUUUGAACUGCAUUAUCACGAAUGUGCAGUGAAAAAUGUAGUUAUCGGUUUAAUGCAAAAUGUGCUCAGCCAUUCAAUUUCUGCCUCUCCUUUUUUUUCCCAUCAAGUUGGUCAAUAACUAGCACAAACUCGACGAAAUUGAUAUCAAAGUAGAUUACUCUUUUUUUUUUGUUCAGUGACAAACAUUUCGAGUAAUUUUAAUUGUAGUAUUAGUUGAAAAUAUUUAUUUCUUAGGAUUAUAAAGUGACCACAAGGGUAUAAGAUUAAAAAUUGUGUGAACAUUAUGUUGUGUAUGACAAUGAGGCGUGUGUUUAUCUUAGCAUUUUUCACGGUCACUAUAGCGUGUGUCAUACUUACAGAUACGUUUAUUCUCCUGGAGAUAGUUCAGCAGUUUUCCCUCCAAUUUUUCCCAUUUUUUAAAAUUAUUUUCGCGUUGAAAAGUUUAAUAUAUUUUUUUUCUUUAAUUCGUUCAGUUUUUAACGAUUUGUUCUAUGAGUUUAAUGAGCCAACAUAUAAAACAUGUAAAACGCAAAUGACUGGUUAAAAUAAAGAGUGAGGAAGUGCUCUGUUCACUGUGAAUUUAAUAAAUAAAACAGCAGUCAAAGGAUAAUGUUAACAUUUA